UUUGACUCUUCCAAAACAGUACCCGCCGAGGUGUGGAGAAUUCCCAUGGAAAGGAGCCGGUUCUCAACCAAGGGGAGGACCUGUCCCUGUGCCGUAAUCUGACCGUCCUGUACUUGUACGACAACGUCCUCAACAAAGUGCCGCUACUCAACCAGAACGUGAGCCUUACGCAUCUCUACCUGCAGAACAACAACAUCAGCCGCAUCGAGAAUCUCUCAGCCCUCACACGUCUGCAAAAGUUGUAUAUAGGUGGCAACACCAUCACUGUCUUAGAGGGCCUGGAGAAGCUACAACAGCUGCAGGAGCUGCAUGUGGAAAGUCAACGUCUGCCACCCGGAGAACAGCUCCUGUUUGAUCCUCGGACGGUGAAAGCUCUGGCCGCGUGUCUCCAAGUGCUCAACGUCUCCGGCAACAACCUGACCAGUAUCCGCGAGUUGGAGCAGCUCCCCGGCCUCACACAGCUCCUGGCCACGGACAAUCAGCUGAGCGACAUGAAGGAGCUGGCUCACCUCCUGACCGCCUGGCACCGGCUGGGCCGGCUGGACCUGGCCGGGAACCCCGUGUGCCUGCGUGCCAAGUACAAGGAUCGGAUUAUUGUCAUGGGAAAACACCUCGAGAUAUUAGACGGCAAAAGCAUCACAGACACAACUCGUCAGUUUCUCAUGAACUGGCAGGCCAGCCGAGAAAUCCACCGGAAGAAGGGUCAGGAUGAACUCUCUCGACAAGACACCUUCUCAGCUGUCUCAACUAAUGGGCUCAGAGAUCUGCCCCCGGUCAGAAGUGCCUCUACCCGCCAGACUGGUGUUUCUGGCUACGUCAUGCCUGGUCUACCCCGCAAACAGUUUGACGAUAUUCUGGCAAAGUCAAGCUUUCCCGAUAACGACCCAACUCGCAAAACUAGGAGCGGCAUCCUGAGAGCCAACUACGUUGACGGCGCGAUGGUUCGCAUGGACGUCCCAGGUUCGGCUCCUCCCUCACAGCUCCGGCGGCCGCUCAGUGUGGAGAGUUUGAGGAUGCGGCUCAACAGAUCCGCUCACCUGCCCCGCAAGAUGUAGUCGAGUCGGAGGUCGUGGGAGGUGUGGUGGGGCUUCUAGUCGGGGCUUUGGAGGGGGAGGGAAGGAAGUGAAUGAAGGGUGUGAGAUAUAAUGUAUUACACAGAGAGAGAGAGAGAGAGAGAGAGAGAGAGAGAGAAAGGAAGACAGACACAUGGUAUAUGAAACUGAAAGAAAAAAUGAUGAAUGCAUGCAGGGUACAGAGACUUUUCUCUACAAAUGGUUUGUGAAUUUGAACAGUGCGGAAUGCCGUCCCAGUUUUGAACUUUCAGCGCAAUUUUCUUUUGCUUGUUUCUCAGUUCUUUCUGAUCUCUUGCUUGGAUCUUAGUUGGAGUGAACGCUUGUUUGUUUUGUAGAAUUUAUAGUUGGCGAACUUUGAGCUUGUGUUAUUAUGUCAGAUUUUUAGUAGGUAAAGUUUAUGCUUGUCUGAUUUUGUCCAAGUUGUAUGAAGUGCGGUGUACAUUUGUAUGAUCGUGCAGAAUUUGUCGACUAACAUCAAGUCAUUCAAACUGAUGUCUCAGAAUCAAUACCAGUUUCAACAGUUCGUUUAAAAAAAUCGUAUGUAAUACAUUCUUUUGGGGUGUGAGUACAGAAGUUUUUGUAUCAAAAAGUCCACAUUCUCUGUUGACUAGUACAGUCCGUGCCGGCUUUAAACACGCCGGCAUAAAACAUGUAUCGGACCCAAGCAAGCUAAACGGCUUUUACAGAAUUUUUGCAACACAAAUUACACGCCUUUAAGCAUGGUAGCUUCCACUUCAGGCACGCUUCAUUUACAAGACAGUCAAUACUUUCAUGAUGACCCAUCGAAGUUCGAACAGUCUACACCACAGAAGUGGAGUGUGUUAAGAGAAACACAAACAAAUGCAAAUGAACGCGCGCACGGAAAGGAAGGAUCUAGCCCAGGGCAAAGCUACACACAUACGAAAAAGAUACAAAGAGAAAAA